UUGCUGCUGCUUUCCGGUUCCUUCCGUAGUGGGUGUCGCGGGUGUACAGCCCAAUCGCGGCCGUUGCCGACCCAAGUAGUCCAAGCGGCAGCCGGUGGGAGGUGCAGCCAUGCCUCGAUAUUACGAGGACAAACCGGACGGCGGCGCUUGCGCUGGCGUGAAGGAGGACCUGGGUGAAUGUCUGUUGCAGUCCGACUGUGUGCUUCAGGAAGGAAAAUCCCCUCGGCAAUGUCUGAAGGAAGGAAACUGCAAAGCUCUGAAAUACUCAUUUUUUGAAUGUAAAAGAUCAAUGUUGGAUGCCAGAUCAAGAUUCAGAGGAAGAAAAGGAUAUUGAUAAGUAUUAUGUUGAAACCAAGAUGGAAACAACAAAGGAUUUCCUCUGGUUGUUAAAACACAGAAACCGAGAUAGGAAACAUACUUUUAUUUUAUACCUGUUCGGUCAGACCAUGGAACCCUGGAGAGAAAGGAUGAGUUCUGGUUUUGAAUGUGUAUAAAGCAGAUGAUUCUCCUGCUCUAAGUUAUUUUUAGAAGGAAAAUUUAAUUGACUAGUUACGAGUGCGGAGUAUAAUAAAUGUGUUUUAAGAAUUA